AUAACCUAUUGUCGACUUGUCUACUUGUCAAAUGACUUUUAACAACAGCUAUCAUUGGUGUUAAAUUAUUAUAAAAUUUAUUCGAUUAAAAAGGACAGUAUGUGAAGUAGUUAGUGAAAUUCUAUUGGUUGAUUGUAGCCAUGUAGUAUGAUAUAAAUCGUGAAAACACUUUCUCACCUGAAAGCAUACUUCUCCAGGCUCUCGUGCUGUUCGUACACAGAUCCGACUGAAUUGCUGAAUGUGUCAUUGAGUGUCAACAGUUGUAAUCAAAAAUAUUGUUAUUCUUUUUUUUUUUUUCAUUAUAUUUACUUAAACAAUAAUCACCUUUGUUGACAAUUUCAAAUAAAUAUGUGUGGAAUUUUUGCUUACUUGAACUACUUGACGCCGAAAUCGAGGCAAGAAAUUUUAAAGCUUCUUGUUGGAGGACUGAAGAGAUUAGAGUACCGAGGAUAUGAUUCUGCUGGUGUAGCACUGGAUGAAGCCAACGGGCAUGAUAUUGCUGUAAUAAAAAAACAAGGAAAGGUUCAAGCUCUAGAAGAUGAAAUUUUUAAACGUACAAAUCUUGAGUUCAGUGGCGUUGCUGAAAGUCACGUUGGUAUCGCUCAUACACGUUGGGCAACACAUGGUGCGCCCUCCGAAGUUAAUUCUCACCCUCAAAGAUCAGACGUAGAUCAUGGUUUUGUUGUAGUACAUAAUGGUAUCGUGACUAAUUAUAAGGAAGUAAAGACUCUUCUUCAACAGAGAGGAUAUGUCUUUGAAAGUGAGACAGAUACGGAAGUAAUUGCUAAACUAAUUCAUCAUCUCUGGACUCAACAUCCUUCUUAUUCGUUUAGAGAACUUGUUGAACAAGUUAUUCAACAAUUGGAGGGUGCCUUUGCUUUGUGUUUUAAAAGUAAAUUUUUUCCUGGAGAAUGUGUGGCAACAAGAAGAGGAUCACCUUUGUUGGUUGGAAUCAAGACAAAAACUCGUUUGAUUACAGAUCACGUACCGAUUUUAUAUGGAAAAGAUGAUCUUCCACGCAUGACUAAAGAGGGUGAAGCAACAACACAAGAUCAUAGACCACACGGACGUACUGCAGAGGUUCCAGUAAUUGCUCGAAGCGAUAGUACGGCUGAAUUUCAACCAUCAGUAGACAGAGAAGUGGAAUAUUUUUUCGCAUCCGACGCGAGUGCUGUUAUUGAGCAUACGGAUCGUGUUAUCUUUCUUGAGGAUGACGAUGUUGCAGCAGUUAAAGAAGGUACAUUAAGCAUUCACCGUUUACGUCGAUGCAUGGAUGAUCCUCAUGCUCGUGAAAUAACAACCCUUAAGAUGGAAAUUCAACAAAUUAUGAAGGGAAAUUAUGAAUACUUUAUGCAAAAAGAGAUAUUUGAACAACCAGAAUCUGUUGUUAAUACUAUGAGAGGUCGUUUAAAUUUCCAAAAUAAUUCAGUCACUCUCGGUGGAAUUACGGAUUAUAUCCCCGAAAUUAAAAGAUGUCGUCGUUUAAUGUUAAUUGGAUGUGGAACAAGUUAUCAUUCUGCAAUAGCAACUCGACAGCUUUUGGAGGAAUUGACAGAAUUACCAGUAAUGGUUGAACUAGCCUCCGACUUUUUAGAUAGAAAUACUCCAGUAUUUCGUGACGAUGUCUGUUUCUUUAUCUCACAGUCGGGUGAAACAGCAGAUACAUUAAUGGCAUUACGAUACUGUAAAGGACGUGGUGCUUUAAUUGUUGGAAUAACUAAUACAGUUGGUAGUAGUAUUUCUCGUGAAUCUCAUUGUGGUGUUCACAUUAAUGCUGGACCGGAAAUUGGUGUAGCCAGUACAAAAGCUUAUACAUCACAAUUUAUUUCUCUUGUUAUGUUUGCACUUGUUAUGAGUGAAGAUAGAAAUUCAUUGCGUCCUCGGCGUCUAGAGAUUAUUGAAGGAUUGAAAAAUUUAGAUAAUCAAAUUCGAGAAGUAUUAACACUUGAUAAUAAAGUUAAAGAGUUGGCCAAGUCUCUAUAUAAAUUUAAAUCAUUACUUAUAAUGGGAAGAGGAUACAAUUUCGCAACAUGUAUGGAAGGCGCAUUGAAAGUCAAAGAGUUGACGUAUAUGCAUAGUGAAGGAAUAAUGGCUGGUGAAUUGAAACAUGGACCUUUAGCUCUUGUAGAUGAUUCAAUGCCUAUUAUUAUGAUUGUAAUGAGAGAUCCAGUAUAUAAUAAAUGUAUGAAUGCACUGCAACAAGUGACAGCACGUGAUGGUAAACCUAUUGUUAUUUGUCAUGAUGGUGAUGAAGAGACUAAAUCAUUUGCAUCACGUGUACUAGAAAUACCAAAAACAGUUGAUUGUCUUCAAGGUAUUCUUACGGUUAUUCCAAUGCAAUUAUUAUCAUUCCAUAUCGCAGUACUUCGAGGCUGUAAUGUUGACUGCCCAAGAAAUCUAGCAAAGUCUGUCACAGUAGAAUAACUCUAACAAAUUUAAACUUGAAUUUAUUAUCAGUGCAAUUAUUUAUUUCUGAUGGAAAUAAGCAUCAAUUAUUUCUACAGAUAAAAAAAUAACAAGGGAAAAAAUUCAAAUUAAUGAUGCCAUAAUAAUAAGAUCUUAGAUAACAUCAGUAAUAAAUUUCAUAAUCAAUUAAAUCAAAGACACAAUUUAUAUAAUGGAAUAAGCAUUUAUUAGUUGAAAAUAUUUCAGUAUCAUAAUAAUUAAUUUUUAAAUAUUUUCAACCGAAAGUAAAA